AUGUUGGAUCCUCCAGACCAGACCAGACCAGCGUUGUUUGGCGUCACCGGAUCGAGCGACGAUGCUAGGAACUUUCGCAUCUCAGCAGCCGGACCGGUGGGCUCAACUCCUGUCUGGUCCGGUGCAAGUGGUCGAUCCUGGGUUCAUGUUGUGAGUUAUUAUCCCCACACCUCUGGCGGCAGAGACAUGAAAGCUCCAGCCUCCAUCCACACCAGACUAGACUUCACUUGCACCAGGCACUUGCAGUCUGGUCCAAUCUGCACUAGCAUCGCAAGGCUCUUGGUCAAUCUCGAGCUAUGGGCUGCAAUCCGAGCUCCGUGGUCCGUCCUGACGUACAUCAAACUUGAAUUUGGGCCUGUUCGACACGCCAUGUCCAUCCCUCCCUGCCCAUCGAUAUGGCCACGGCGCGGUACUUUCAAGUUGACAUGGACUGACGGGCUGGUUGAUCAACAAUUUGUGAAUUUCGUCGCGCUUGGCACUUGGCGCUUGGCACUAGGCCUCUCGUUUCCCGUGGACAGACAGGGCGUAUCAGAUGUCAAGUCUGGUGCAGGACAAUUGCGGCAAGUGCAUACCAAUGUACUUGACAGUACAUACGGUCUGGUACAGUGCAGAACAUUAGUGCAUGUGUCUACAUGUAUUGAUCCUGGCCAGAGGAGACCAGGCAGUACUGGAGAGAGAGAGGCAGCGAGACAAUCAUGGAUAAUACAUGGAACAUGCAAGAUUGGAGACUCCAUGACCCUCCCCUCGCUCAGUCUGCUCUCCUUCCAGUCUCUUUCUCUGUUCCCCUCCACCCCCCGAGUCGGUUUGGCUUGUUUGGUUUGGCUGGGUUUGGUUCCAUUUGAUGGCCAAGUGGAAACUCACACACCAGACCAGACCAGACAAAAGUUGAACCCCCCCAUUCAGAUUCAGUUGGGGCGGCAGCAACCAGCAUUGAUUGAACACACACCCCCAUGGCCCAAGUUCAAUCCAAGUCCUGGCUGGCAUAUGGAGUCAAGUACCAGACUCCCGUUCAAUGUUGCUCGUUCGCCCGCUCUGUCGCUCUGUCGCUCUGUCGCUUGCUGGCUCGCUCGACAUGAUCUAAUGUACUCACUCAGUCUCGGUACUCUAUUUCUGUCCGGUGUCAAAUCCCCAUCCUGUCUGGUCUGGUUCGACUCGCCUUGCCCAGCUUGGAAUGUUUCAACUAUUAAUGCCUCUGCCCUCCCCCGUCCUAUUUGA